AGAAUAUUUCAUUGCCUUUUCUGAAUUAUGGCAAGGAAUGUAUCUAUACUCAAACAGAGGCAGCAGCAAUUUUGAUAUAUCAAAAGAGGAAUUUAUUGGCUUGGCAGACUUGCCUGUACAUUUGGAAGCUGUCUGCUCUAGUGAGAAGGCCACCUCAAGACAUGCAGUUAUCACAAUCUGCAUUACUCUUGCUUGUUAGUAUGGGAUAUGGUGAAGGGGAUGGUGCGGGAGGCCUGCCAGAAUGACUUUCUGUGCAUCAUGUCACUUUGCCUGCUUCACCGCUCUGUGUCUCUGUUCUUCCCUUUAGAGGGGUUUUCCUCGACACCAUCCUUCCCCGUCGUGAUGAUAACGGGGUCCGGCCAACUAUUGGUCAGCGUAUUCGCCUGAGUCAGGGAGACAUCGCUCAGGCAAGGAAGUUGUACAAAUGCCCAGCUUGUGGAGAGACUUUGCAGGACUCAACAGGGAAUUUCUCAGCCCCUGGCUUUCCGAAUAGCUACCCGUCCUAUUCCCACUGUGUCUGGAGGAUCUCGGUGACCCCAGGGGAGAAGAUUAUGUUAAACUUCACAUCAAUGGACCUAUUUAAAAGUCGCCUUUGCUGGUAUGAUUAUGUGGAGGUGCGUGAUGGCUACUGGAGGAAGGCUCCGUUACUGGGUAGAUUUUGUGGUGACAAGAUCCCUGAACCAAUGAUUUCCACGGACAGCAGGCUGUGGAUCGAGUUUCGGAGCAGCAGUAACAUCCUGGGCAAAGGCUUCUUUGUGGUCUAUGAAGCUAUUUGUGGUGGAGAAAUUCACAAAGAUGCAGGCCAGAUCCAAUCGCCCAAUUACCCAGAUGACUACAGACCUUCCAAAGAGUGCAUCUGGAAGAUCACAGUUUCUGAGGGUUUUCACAUAGGAAUCACAUUCCAAGCCUUUGAGAUUGAAUGGCACGAUGCAUGUUCUUAUGACUACCUGGAGAUCCGAGAUGGCCUAACGGAAUACAGCCCACUGAUUGGUCACUUCUGUGGCUACGAGAAGCCAGAAGAUAUCAAAUCCAGUUCAAAUAAAGUAUGGAUGAAGUUUGCGUCUGAUGCAACCAUCAAUAAAGCAGGCUUUGCAGCAAAUUUCUUUAAAGGUAUGUGAUCUAAAAGGUAUGUGAUCCCAAAGUUUGGGACCAUUCACCCCUUAACCUACUGCCAUCCUGAAGUGAUCAAUUACCAUUGCAUCUACUUGUAGUUAAGAGCUGUUAGA